CUUUUUUUCCUCCUCCGUGUUUUCUCUUCUCUCUCUCUCUAUCCGUACAGUGUUUUCUCGGGGGUUCUUUUUUUCCAGAUUUAGAUCAUUCCAUUCCAUUAAAACUCCUCGAAAAUUGUCCGAAUCAGCCGAACCCCACGUCGUAUUCGUCCCAAAAAUUGCCCCCCUCUUCUUCCCCAUUUCAGCUCGCCUCAUUCAAGGUUUCUCCGCCCUCAGAUCACUUCUGUUUCUGUGUACUUCUCCCUAUACAAGGAACAAAUAAUUACAGUACAGUUGCAGUUCCCAAAUAGUGCCAGAUGCAGGGGAGCAGCGCAGAAGAAUCGGGUCGGUGUCAGUUGACGGGCUUCUGGGGCGGGUCGUCGUGUUGAUUAAUGUAGAAGAAUAAUGCGAAGGUUACGGUGACGUGAAUCUCGUGCCGUUUUGAUUGAUCUGCCUCGAGCUUCCAAAAGCGGCCGGCUGGGAGGUUUGCAUAGGGAAAAUGUCGUGCGCUUUCUUGGCGGCGGAGGAAGGAGCUGAAUGAGUGAGCGAGAAAUAGAGAGAGAUGGCGGCCGGCGGGGUGGAGAUGGCGGCGGCGGCGGCGAAGGCGAACCGGUUGGCGGUGAAGGUGAGGAGGGAGGUGAUUGAAGGUUGCAUGACGUGUACUAUCUGCAACCGGCUCUUCAGAGACGCCACCACCAUCUCCGAGUGUCUUCAUACCUUUUGCAGAAAGUGCAUAUACAAAAGGAUAUCCAACGAUGGACUAGAAUCAUGUCCUAUCUGCAAUAUUGAUCUGGGCUGUGUAGCGCUGGAGAAACUAAGGGCGGAUCACAAUUUGCAAGAUGUGAGAUCAAAGAUCUUCCCAUUCAAGAGAAGAAAGAUUGUGGCACCCGAUCAUGUCACUCCUGAAGAAUUCCCUGAUGUUACUUCUGACGUUUCACCAUUGGUCCCAUUAACAGUUAGAAGAAAGGAGAGGUCGCUCUCAUCAUUAGUAGUCAGUACUCCAAAAGUAUCGACACAGAAUACGACAACAGGAAGACGAACCAAACUUGCGCCUAGAAAAAGUAGUUCUGCUACAAGGAGCUGCAGUCUCCCCUUAGAUCAUAAACCUAUUGAGAAGGACGAUGAUGACCAUGUGGAAGAUUUCCCUGAGAGUUCAAGUUCACGAGAAACUGAUAAGAAAUUCGACAGAAAUGGAAGAAAGUGUUCAUCGGCUGAGCCAAGCCAAUCUGCUUCUAAUGCUGAAGCACCAGAUAUUGGUGGUGAACCAUUGGAUAGGAAAUCUGAUCUCUGGCAACCUUUAAAUUUUUUGGUGGAAGUUGCAAGUAGGACCAACUCUUACAAGUCGAAUAAUAAUUCACAACUUCCUGAUGAUAAAUUAGAGUCUAUUCAUCUCCCUGAAAGUGAAGCUUCGUUUAGGAAACCCAAGUAUAGGGAAAAUAAGGACAAGUCAAAUGUUGAUGAUGAGAAGAUCCAGAUAUAUACUGAUUCCCAGGAACCAGAAGAACCAAAGAAGCAGCGCAGGAUUCGCCGAAGGAAGCCAUCUGUGAAUGAUUCUGGUAUCUCUUCUCAAGCUGUCCUAGAUGCUUCAAGUUCAAAACAAGAGAGAAGAGCCACUCCUGUUUGGUUCUCAUUGGUUGCUUCCAUUGAACAGGAAGGAGAUGCAUCUUUGCCACAAAUCUCAGCAAACUACUUAAGAAUUAAUGAUGGAAGUAUACCUGUUUCAUUCAUCCACAAGUAUCUGAAGAGGAAACUAGACCUCCAUAGUGAAGAAGAGAUUGAGAUAAAAUGCAUGGGACAACCAGUCCUGCCAACGUUGCAACUGCGCAAUCUAGUUGAGCAGUGGAUCCAGAAAGAAUCAACAUCAGAAAGAGGUGAAGCCAGGGUUGGUUCGUCAGCCAAGGAGUUCGUCAUGGUUCUCGCGUAUGCCCGAAGGGAAUCAAAGAGCAGCAGCAAUUAGCCACCAUUUGGUUGACUGCAUUAUAUGUACGGCGCUGGAUUUUUCCGCCCAACACUCGGGCAACACCAUAUAUAUGUACACACAGCUGAAGAGCAGGCUCAAGGAGUUGUUUACCCACGCAACACAACUACACAAACACAACACAGCCCACGACACACCACAAUACCACAUACAGUUAGUUGUCUUUGUUUACAAUAGUGAGCAUGGCGUUUUCAUUUCUGAUUCUUUUUACUGCCGAAUCAUUUCAUUACAUGAGUUCUUUGGAAUGGGAUGUACUCUUGCAAUGUGGGCAGUAGCUCUGGAAACAUUUUUUUUUCUUCUUCUCCAUUGAUCAUUUCCAAGAACGAUGUGGUACGGCCGAUCUAUCUGGCGAUUUCAUAGUGCUGAGCGUCCUGGUU